CCUGCUGGGAGAGCCUACGCACCGGCAUCCUAGAUUUCAGGUCAGAGAGGGAGCCAGUCAGCCCAGCCCCUCGAUUUCUAGACCGCGACCAAGGAGGACUCCUCAGAGGCACAAGGUCCUCCCGCCCGCCGAAGAAGAGAGUGAAAGACAGUGAGUGUUGCUAGACUCUUCUUGGACAGCCAAAGAUUCUCAGCAAGCGAGACUCGGAGAGUUUGUAGCGCCAUUGAUUCCACGACCUCAAGACCUACCCCGUCAUGGUAGCUCCCGCACCCCAGUGGAGUGUUCUAUCCUUGUGAACCCCCCUCCCCCGAAAUAGCCCCUCGAGGCCGACAAAAAACAGUCUUAAUGUUAACUCUUGUGUUUGUGCAUUGGCGUGGCAACGUAAAUGUGUGGCCUCGGGUUUAAACUCAGGAACACCCCUUCCAAGAAGACCUCCCUACGUUGGGGUGACUGCUGCGGGUGCGGGGCCGUUGUGGUGUGGACCAGCCCUCUCCUGACAUGACUCGUCCACGUAGCUGACCUGGUCCCCUGCACGCGCGCCCUCGGCUUGGGUCUCCUGCUCCACGCUGCUCUCUCGCCCUCGCGUCUACCACUUCGCGGCGUCUCCGUUCGCUCCGGCACCGUGGCAGACUCUUGAAUACUCUUUAACCCACUUAACAAACAAAAAACUCCUUCACUCUGUAUAUGUGUCUCUGACGAGGACGAGUCUUCCAAAAAGAAGCUAUUUCUUUGACAAAACUUAUAUAUAUAGAAGUGAUAAAUAAACAAGAAAAUAUAUAAACAAAAAGGAGAAAAAAAACUAUAGAGGAAUCAUUAUUUUUGUUAUAAGAAGACACUAUUUUCAGUCAUCGAAGUUUUAUAAAGCUUUGAAAUAUUUAUAUUUUCAAAGGAAAGGAAUCUCUACUUUUUACUUUAUAAGGCAUCUGUCAUCAGCACGUUCAGGUUUUCAUCAGAGACGAAGACAACUGCAAGGUGGCUUACUUGGGAAUUGGAAAGUAAAUCAACAGUGAUAAAAAAAGACUCAAUUCACAGGUCUACAUAAAGAAAAGGGAAAGAAAAUAUCAAACUAUUUUUCAGAAAAUAGAAAGGUCGGUUCCAUACUAGGCCUCCCAAUCAGCUGAUAGAAACAGCAUAAACCAAACAUUCACCUAACUGUUGUUGUUGUUGUUGUUUCCUGCCAAGCCUGGUCUUUCGACAUCCCUCGCUAGUGUUAACAACCCCUUCCCCCUUUCCCUCUCACCCCCCUAACACACCAGCAACACCCAACCCUCCUUGUGUCUUCAGAAGCAAUAGACACCGCUCGUGGCUCCCUCUGAGUGUAGGUCGAAGCCUCGAUACUACACACGACGCCACUCGCCUUUUUCUGAUCUGUUAAACGCGUGAUCGAGAAAAAAAACCGGCAAAAUGGCCAUUAAUGUGGGAGGCGUCAUAGCCAUCGUGAUCUUCUACCUGCUGAUCCUAGCGGUGGGGAUCUGGGCGGCCAAGAAGAAGCCUGACGGAGAGGACGACGCAGAUGAUGUGAUGCUGGCCGGGAGAAGUAUAGGCGUCUUCGUCGGGAUAUUUACCAUGACGGCUACGUGGGUCGGAGGCGGUUACAUCAAUGGAACAGCAGAGGCGGUAUAUGACACGGGUCUUGUCUGGUGUCAAGCGCCCUUCGGUUACGCCAUGUCUUUAAUAUUUGGCGGCGUCCUCUUCGCCAACAAGAUGCGCUCCCAGGGUUACGUCACCAUGCUGGACCCCCUUCAGGAUAAGUUCGGCGAGCGAAUGGGCGGCCUGUUGUUCCUGCCGGCGCUGUGCGGGGAGGUCUUCUGGUCGGCCGCUAUUCUGGGCGCUCUAGGUGCGACCCUUAGCGUCGUGCUCAACAUAGACAACACGAUAGCUGUCAUCCUGUCUGCCUGCAUUGCUGUUUUCUACACCCUCUUCGGCGGGCUGUACUCCGUGGCCUACACGGAUGUCAUUCAGCUCAUUUGUAUCUUCAUCGGUCUGAAAAACAAAAAAAACAAUUAUGACGAGAAUGGAAAAGAAAAACACAUAAAAGAAAGAGGGGAAAAUGAUAUCGACCUUGUUUCUUUUGUCUUCCUCCAGGCGAGUGAGACCGAGGUGAUCUGGGUGAUGAAAUUCGCUAUCUUCAUCGUGGGUUUCUUGGCCACGACGCUCGCCCUCACGAUCCCGUCGAUCUAUGGCCUCUGGUACCUCUCGUCGGAUCUCGUCUACGUGAUUCUCUUCCCUCAACUCCUGAUGGUGGUCCACUUCAAGAACCACUGCAACCUGUACGGAUCGCUCGGGGCCUACAUCGUGGGUCUGCUCGUCCGUGUCAUGGGAGGAGAGCAGAUGAUUGGGAUCCCGCCUCUAAUCAAAUACCCGAUGUUCGACGAGGAAUCGGGCACGCAGCUCUUCCCCUUCCGCACGCUGGCCAUGGUCCUGUCCGGGUCGACGCUGGUGUUCUUCUCGUGGUUCUCCAACUGGGUGUUCUUCUCGGGCAGGCUGGCCCCCAAGUACGACUUCCUCCGCUGCGUCGUCAACAUCCCCGAGGACGUGCAGACGGUCGGCGAUCCCCACGAGGGCGAGAUGACCGUGAUGGCGUGUCACUCGGUGGUCAAGUACAACGCCACGGACGAGAUGAACGGACGCGUCAACCCGGCGCUCAGUCUGGGCUCCGACAGUGACGAGGACAUUCCGGCGCCCACGACCGCGACGCCCGACGGCAAGGUCAAGAAGCGGCUGGUGGGCGAGAUCAUUUCCCCGCCGCCCAUCACGUCGCCCAAGAAGCAGGACCAGACCAAGCUGUGAGGAGGGUAACGUGUGCUCCAGCGACAGCCUAACGAACCCAAACAAACAAACAAAUGAACUAAAAAACAAUAACAACAAAACAUAACAGACAUAUAAAACAUACAAGGCAAUAAAUGUGACCCAAUGCAAAUGA